AUGUUGAUCAAAGUCAAGACACUGACUGGCAAAGAGAUCGAGCUCGACAUCGAGCCGACGGACAAGAUCACGCGCAUCAAGGAGAAGGUUGAGGAGAAGGAGGGCAUCCCACCCGCGCAGCAGCGGCUCAUCUUUGGCGGGAAACAGAUGCACGACGAGAAAACAGCAAAGGAGUUUGGCAUAGAGGGCGGCUCGGUCUUACAUUUGGUCCUGGCACUCCGAGGCGGCUCGCUAUGA